CAUCCCACAAUCGCAUCCGUAUGCUCGAUACAUCGGUCAUGUGCUUUCAUGGACGCUACAUACGCAAUGAAAGAGAGACGAAGACGGCGCAAUCAUCUCUCUUUGUCUAGCGAUCAGUGUACAUCACUAUCGACAAUAUCGAAAAGUGGAUGUAGCACAGACAUGAACCAAAAUUGAAAAAUGGACGUAGCACGGAAGUGAACCAACUGGCUGUUUUAUCCUGCCUGAAAAUGGUCAUGGCCUUGUAGUUUCAAGCGGCCGUAAAAUGGACGUAGAGGCGCUGUACGGGACUGAGAGCUAUCGUACGAAAAACGCCGGGAUGGUCGCUCUCAGACUUCUCAUUGUUGUGGACAACAAUGAAGAAUACUACAUUUGAGGAUUUUCAAAUAGAUGAACGAUUCAAGAAAUUGGAGUACUCCUUGAAAAUGGCUGUGCUGAAAAAAGCGCACAAUGACAACGAAAAGGUAUUGCCUGUUGCAAAAAACCAACCCAGCAUCUCCAAUACCAAUUUAGAUAGUUUAGAUUCCAGUUGCAUGAUUCCAUCGUUGCAAACUUCUAUGGUUCAGAGCGAAGUUUUAGCCUCCAGUAAUAAUUUAAGAAACUUACUCUUGACAAAGAAGAAUUAUAAAACCAACCAAAAAAUAAUGGCCUCAUCCAGUAUUAAACAGUAUAAUAUCAAACAGGAUAAUCAUUCAAAUGAUCAACAUAUUAUGCCACCUCCAAUGAGGAAUACAGUUUAUUGUACUUCCAAAAAAACACUAGGCAAAGUUCCUACAUUGUCAAAUUAUGAAACGGCAGCAUCAAAUUCUGUUGAUAGAUCUGCUCAGUCUUUCAUAUUGAAGAAUACUUCAUCUUUGAAUAGUGCUGCUAGAUGUGUACCUACUAAUACAAGUAUUAACAAAGAAUAUCUGCAGUCUCUUGCUGUACCAAUGUUACUUACCAAUCAUCUUCAGAGAGUUGACAGAAUAUUUUCAAAAUGGAAAGUUAUGCUGAAUAGUCAUUAUGAAUUACUAAUUAAAGGAACAUUAGAAUGUGGAAGAGUUGCACAUAGCAAACCAAUUAUCAGAAGAUAUUCUGCAACAUGUGUUGAGUCUAAAUAUAAAAAUAUAUAUAGCCUUCAAGGAAAUAUUGUUGAUACAACAAAUGCAUUACCGGAUUAUAUUCGUGGAAAAUUUUAUAAUGGUUUUCCUGAUGAUUGGGAAAAUGUUUAUCAGAUAUGGAGAACAUAUGUUAGACAAGGAUGUCAAGUGACAUUUCGUUGGCCUACUCCUAUUACUGAUAGUGACGAUGAUUUAAAGAGUGAAUUAACAGACUUGACUUGUAUGCGCACAACAAAUAGUAAGAUUAUUCCUAUGGAAAUUAAUGAAUCGAUUGAAUAUAUUAAGCCCGAAAAUCCAAACGGCAAAUCUUCAAAAAAUGAGGAAAAAUAUCAUAAUUGUCCCACUCAUAGUUUUCAAAGACAUGAUGAAAACACUUCAUUUGUAAAACCUUUUACCUCCAAUUUUGAAAAAGAUAUAAUUUCAAUUACGCAAACAGGAAACAUAAUGUCAGUGCAUAACGAAAAUAACAAGCAAAAUAUUAAAUUAGAUGUAAAUCCAAUGAUUGAUUUUAGAGGAAUAAAUAAAUUAAAAGAUUUUAUUCACGAGGAUAAACUACACGUAAUGAUCAACAAUUUGGCAGACAGAAAUUGCUCUCCAAAGUAUAUCGAUAAAAUUAUUGAAAUGUUAGAAUGCUUGGACUACAUAGUAUCUUACAGAGCGAAAUCAGAAUGUACUGAUGACUCGGCGGUUUUCGUAAAUUGUGGAACGUCGUCCAAGCCUGAAACGAUUCCGCUGCAAUCAUCGUUCUCGUGCGAUGAUAAUUGUAUGAAAACUAAUAAAUUUAAGGACGAUAUAAUAAAACAAUGGAAAAAUUACACACAUCCCACUGACUUGAGAUAUGGAAGUAUAAAAAAUGACUCUAAUUCUACUCAGUUAUUAAACCCAGUGAAUAUUAAGCCGAAGCACUAUAAUAACAACGAUUCGGAUGAAUCAGAGAGCGAGACUUAUAUGGGUGUACCUAAAAUAUCGAAGAUUGAACGAGUCUUAUAUGCCAGAAAAGCAUUCAGAAAAUUAUACAAUCAUAAAGUGAGGAAGAAACGGGAAAAUCCACAAUACAAUACCAAAGAAAUUGAGAACAAAUCUGAGUAUGCUCACGCUGCGAUUCCAUUCGCUGACGAUAAUAAGAGUUUACUUUCUGCCGAAUCUGAUAUUAGUAUUCCAAAAGAUGAAGCAAAAAUGAUAAAUACGAGAACAUAUAGUGAAAUAAUAAAUAUUGAAAGAUCACGAGAAGAUUCUUUUUGUAGUCAUCCAUGGAAGAAUAAUUUUGAUGUGUAUGGUGCAAACAAACCUGCAAUGCAAACUGAACAACCGCCCGAUGCUUUUAAAGCACAGAGAGUUAACUUAAAUGUUCUUGCAAAGGAACAGAAAGUUUUGCACAAAAUUCAAGAAAAUGCACAUUCGCAAUUUGUUGCAGAUAUCAAUUAUGCUACCAAUUUUGAUGAUGAUAUUAAGAUUAUAAGCACAAAUACGCAGAAAAGAGAUGGAAAUAUGAUAGCAUCACACUCUAAUCUUAAACAAGACAUUGUGAUUAGUAGCGAAAAUAAUAAUAACUUUCUCGAAAAGUCUCCUAUCUUGCGAGAAUCACAUAGAGAAUUUAUUGAACAAUCAAGAAGCGAAACCGCAAUGAAGAGAUCUAAACCUAACAUAAUUAGUUCUAUACCAGUAAACUUGAAGUUAAAGAUAAAAAAAGCAGAUUUCAAACCAGAACAAUUACAAGAUUUGGAUGUGAAUAUUGUAGAAAUCGAGGAAAACAAACAAUGCACCAAUAUUCAACCAUUGGAACAUGUUCAAAAGAAAAAAUCCGUAUCGAAAAUGCCAACAGAAGCAACUUUCGCGAAUAGUUCUUAUUUGCCAAUGGCAACCAAUAAUAAAAUAUACCCAACAAUGAAUAAGGAUACAAAUCCUACUAAUUUGACGAAUUCAACAAUUGAGCAAUCUAAAAGAAAUAAGCUUGAAGAUAAAAAUAAUCCCAAAGUGCUGUGCGCGUGGAUGCCGAAAAUAACGUAUUAUGCGAAAUCGAAAUUUGAAUUAGGCUUGAGCUUUGAAGGAAACUUGCUCAAUGAAGCUGGUUAUGUUGUGCAUAGAAAAUUUACGACCGAUAUUGUGUUGAAGCGAUUAUCGGCUACUCUGAUCGAAACAGUGAAUCACGAAUUUUACAAGCUUUCCGGAUACUUGAAAGAUAAUAAGCACGUUAUUCCUAAGGAACUUGCAAAACAAUGUCAUAACGGAUGUCCUGCAAACAUCAAAGAUUUUUGUCUAACUUGGAAAAGGUUGCAAAACUGUGAAAAAAUGAGUAAGAAAUCUCAUGAUGUAUCCAUGGACUCAUUGAAUACAUCUGUUAGUUCGAGAGGUCGUAGAAUCGUACCUCCUUUAUCUUAUUGGACAGGUGAACGCAUAACUUUAAAAGAUAACAAUCUAGUUUAUGACCCGGGCAAUUCACAGGAAUCAUCAUUAUAUUCAGUAAUUAAUUCUUCAAAAUUGAAUACUGAAAAAAUAAAAAAACAGAAAGUAAAUUUCACGAACACAUCAAAGGAGGAAAAACGGUUGUCCAAAUGGAAUGAGAGUCCUGGUACAAAUAAAAAUCAAACGAUCGUUAUUAAAAAAACUCAAUCUUCCGACAAGUCACCUAUGACUAAAGCUGCGAACAGCAGAAAGAGAUCGAAUAAAUCUCAGAAAUUUCAGAUUAAUAAACGACAUAUAAAACAAGAUUUGACGUUUUCAUCGAUUAAUUCUAGUGAAGAAGAGCAAAACGUAUCUCCGUUAAAGCGUAUGCGCACUCGGCCAAGUACAAAAACAAAAGCGCCGCAAUAUUCGAUGACAUUGAGGAAACGACAUGAGAUAGAGGCAUCCCCGAAUACGACCAAACUGCAGUGAUUUUCAUAUUUUUAUUUAAUGCAUUUUUUAUUUAGACGAUGCAAAAUUGCAUCGCUCAAUUUAUAUUACUAUAUUAUUUUAGGUAUUCACUAAGAAAGAAAACAAGACACAAUAUGACAUGUACUUAUUAUAAGGAUAUUUUACCGGCAGAAGACUUUCUAUCAGAAGUAACAUCUAUGUAAUCUGAAUAAUUUUUUUCAAUAUUUUUAUGCUACAUAAUCACAUGUGUGGUAUUCAACGCACAAAAAUACGCGCGGAAAUUCUAUAUUCCAAGAAAUUUUUCUUCUACAUAUAUCUUUCGCUACGUGUGUAUUAUUUUUUUAUAUGAUAUUUAUAUCUUGUAAAUUGAAAACAGAAAAAUUAUAAAAUAUAAUAAAAUGGAAUAUAAAAUCUUAAAAUCCUUGCGAUUUUUGUGCGUUUACAAAACUAUAUAAAACAGAAAGUCAUUAUUUAUUAAAAAAAAAUGUGAUAUUGAAGAAAUAUUCUUGCGCAAAACUUGCUGCGAUUAUUCUUGUAAUUUAAAAGGAGGAAAUAAAGGAUUAUAUAUAUAUAUAUAUAUAUAUAUAUAUAUAUAUA